CGGCCGGAGCUCCAGGUCGCGAUGAGCGCAGACCCGGGGAGCCGCCGGGGAGGGGCCCCGCGGAGGCUCCAGCAGCGGGGAGGCCGCCAGCUCCCCUCCCGGGAGAGGAGGGAGGGGCGCGCUGCACCAGGGCUCCGGCCCCCGCAGGAACGACGCCCGCGCCGCGCCCCCGCCCGUCCUCCAUCAGGGGUCACGGCUGGCGGCCACCUCCGAAUCCCCUUCCGCCUCGGUCCACCCGCAGCUCCGUCCUUCGUGGGGCUGACGGGGAUCGCAGCGUCCAGUCCGCGUGUUCGAGUCCCGCCUUUCUCAGCCCCGCGUCCGGUCGCUUGCGACUCAGCGGCCGGCAGGAGCCCCCGGUACAGUGCCCGGGCCCCGAGGGAGCAAAUGGUCCCUGUCGAGGCUCUCGGGCGGCCCCGGUCGGCGCGGGCCUCGGCAGGGAACCGCCCCUCGAGCCACCCGUCUCCUCCGGCGGACGGGGAAGAGCCGCUGAGGAACCCCCCACCCCCGGCGCCGCCGCUGGGGUCACGUGGAGCCACGGUCACGUGCCUUCGGGUCACGUGCGAGGCGGGCACCGGCCGGGGCGAAGACGUCGUGUCCGCGUGCUCUCGCGAGAUCCGCGGGGUCACGUGA